CAAUGCUCGAACCAAACUUGUAUAACAUUGUAAAGACGUGACAUGAUAACAAGUAACAAUGAAGUAUUCACGACUCAAACAAACAAACCAUAGUCGAACAAGAGCUUGGUCUAGUGGUAAUACCACUAGUCUUGAAUCUAGAGGUUCUAGUUUCGAAUCCGUUAAGUAGUACCUAUACUUCUUCCUUGGCACCCCAUUCCAGAUGAGAUUACUGUCACUACCAGCAAUGGAAGGUUUUGCAGUCUCCCUAUAUAGUAGAAUUGUUUCCAAUCCAAGAUGAUACUCACGUUCGAUGCUACAUCUCAAAAUGAACUACCCAUUAAUAUAAUUUUUUUUAUCUAGGCCAUCCAAAUUGAACCAGCUUCAGAGAAACCGUCCCAUACAUUUCUUAAAAGUAUAUAAUACAAGCUUUGAGUGUUAGUUGAACAACAUAGAAGCAACAUAUCGUAUUGCUUUGAGGGUCGAAGGACCUACUGGUUGGUUCAGCCAAGAACCGGAAAAUCGAAUAAAGGUCCAGAAACAAAAUUCCUUAUACACAAAUCCCUUCUUUUUAAGGUCUAGUUAGGAAUUUCCAAGCGCUUCUCAUACUAUUCUUAUCCACAUUCCAUAAAAAUUCAUUGCAAGCUAUCUCAACUUAUUUUAAAACAUUCUGUGGCAGUUAAAACAAAUUCAUCCAGAAACAAAAUUCCUUAUACACAAAUCCCUUCUUUUUAAGGUCUAGUUAGGAAUUUCCAAGCAAUCUACUUCUCAUACUAUUCUCAUCCACAUUCCAUAAAAAUUCAUUGCAAGCUAUCUCAACUUAUUUUAAAACAUUCUGUGGCAGUAAAAACAAAUUCAUACAAAACUAAUAUAUACUUGUUAUAACUGAAGAAACUAACUGAAUUUACUUGCAUAACUCAAUAGCUUGUGGCACCAACAUCUCAAUCUUUUUGUAAUUUUAUCAACAAGCACCUGACAAUCUCGAGAGGUAAGCUUGCCUAAAAAUAAUGGGACUCCAAGAUAGUUGAUUGGAAUCCCCCCACAGGGAAACCUGUAAAAAACAUAUAUGAUUAUGCCACCACUAAACAUUUGACUCUAUGUAGGGUUACACUAAAGAAUCGACAGAGUGUAUAACUGAUACAAUAAUAUUUUAAUUUAUGACACUACUCGCACAUAUUCAUUUGAGAACACUAGGAGGUCAUCUGCGAAACACAAUGCGAACUUUCUAGAGCUUUAUAUUGAGGAUGAAAUGGAAUUUGUUAUGUUUUACUAACCUGUAACGACUUGUAACUACAAAUAUAUAGGUAGAUAAAGGAGAUGUCACAUGUUUACCACGUCCAGUGGCGUAGCCAGACUUUGAGUACAUUGGGGUCCCUAAAAAUUCAAUAACACCAUAUAACCUUUGUAUCUAAUGAACUGAGUUGAUUGGGGUCCUUAGGUUAACUAACAUCGACGAGAGUAUGGGGUUCUAAACUUAAAAGAUCGUAUUUAACCUAUGUAUUUAAAGGGAAUUUGUUGUCCCAUUUUUGUCAAGUGGGGUCCUAAGACCCCACUCCUCUCCACCUUCCUCCGCCACUGACCACGUCCCUGGAAUGUGAAAGAAUCUGAUGUCAAUAUCACAACUGACAGCAUCUGGCAGUUAUGUGGUAUUUGGUCCUAUAGAUGUGAAGGUGUAUCAAAGCUUACAACCAACUUCUGAUUCGAUCAUGCGAAGACAGAAGUUGGAGUCUGUUUAUGUAAUGUUAGCAGAGGUUGCUGCUUAUGUUCACAAGACAAGAAGGAAUGAGACAUCAAGCUUAUGGCAUGCUCGUCUAGAAGUUGGCUAUAAGAAGUUUAGAGGGAUGAUGAAGAAUUCCAUGCUCAAAAGACUUACUCAACUUGAUAUCUGUGAAGUUAUCGUAUGUGUUGGAUGUCAGUAUAGAAAAGCUCAUAAGCUACCCUAUGAAGACUCAAAAUUUAAGUAUAAAUUGUCUAUGGAACCUGUCCAUUCAGACGUGUUUAGACCUGUGAAGAAAACAUGUGUCUGGAAUGAAGUACCCGGUUACUUUCAUUGAUGAUUUCUCAAGAUAUGUUCGGGUUGACUUCAUUAAACAAAAACCAGAGGCAUUUGAAAAGUUUAAAAUGUUCAAGGAACUUUUUGAAUGCUUAGUCUGUUAGACGAUCAAGUGUCUACAUACUACAAUGGAGGAUAGUACACCUUAAUCAUAUUCACACAAUUUCUCAAGGAGUACCGACUAUUACGUCAGUUGACCUUCCCAAGUACUCCAGAACAAAAUGUAGUAUGCUACACGUAAAAAAUAUUCCUGCUAAGUUUUGGACAUAAAUACAUAAUGUAUGAAGACUUUUGCUCAUUUCAUCAAGACGUCAAUAGAUUACCUAAGCCUAAGUUAGGGUUUGUGUCACACUAUGAGAAGUUAUGGAAGUUGAAGCCCAAUGUCACCCAUUUCUCAGUAUUUGGUUGUGCUGCGUGUUUGUACCAGACCAUGAUCAAAGCAAGUUUGAAAAAAGUGGUCUGGUGCAUUUUUGUCGGCUAUGAAAACCAACAAAAAGGAUGGAGAUGUUGUGACCCGAAAACAAGCAACCGUUAUGUGUCACGCAACAUGGUGUUCGAUGAAGCAUCCUCUUGGUGGUCAAAAGAAGGAGUCCUACUUCCCGACUGUUAUGGGUCUAUUCAGAUGGUUUAUUUUUUAAACUGAGGUUAGAGGUGCUGUGAAGUAACUAUCCUAACUGUCACAUGUGAUCCACUACACACGACAUCAUCAAAGAAACAUGCCGCCCUUUAUAAUUGCACCAUCCCUGGUGAGCUACCAAUGACCCCUGGCCCCCUUCCACAUUGGUCUGUACCCCGCAUAUAAGAACCGCCAACCAGUCUUGAACCUGCAACCUAUAUGAGUGUUCCAAUAGUGAGAUACGAAUAUUUUUAAACUCAAACACCACCAAGUUUCUUGCCUUCUAUAUAUACCAAAGUAAUGCCAGAAUCAGGAUUAUAUGUUUAGCAUAUGGGUCUCGAUCCAAAACUCGACAUUGAAAAAUUGUGAAAUUCUCUACCGUCAGACCUACAUCAUGGGUUGCAAACCAUAAGAUUGCAAAAGGACGCCUACCAGUAAUAAAGAAAUAAACAAAUGUUCCAUCGUCUCUUUCUCUACCCAGCACACUGGACACCUGACCAACACUUCAAUCACUUCUCCAACAACGUCUUUGUGUUGGAAAAAAUGCAACAGAAGAAUUUCCAAAGGAAGAAUCGAAGCUUGAGGGUCAUUGGGUAAGACCAAACAUUCACCUAGAAACUUCUGUAUGUCUAGCUCACUUCUCUUUUCCGUUUUCCCCAAGCCCGAUUCAAUCGCACUGCAAUCAAAGCUUGAACAUCCCUACCUGCUUCACAACAUCUCGAUUCCUUGCCUCGCCAUCUUUAUCUUCUUGUUGAAUAGGAGCAAAAACGUGAAUCCAAGGAAUAUCAUUAUUCAAUAGAUUAAGGCACUCUUCUUGAUCCUCUACCCUCUUAGCUGACUCAUCAAAGCCUUGUAUAGGGUUGGAAUUAGAAAUAUAAAGGUGUGGAAUUUGCUUAUCUAAAGGUGCUUUCUUACUUUAAUCAUGAAGCUCUCAAAUUAUAGUUCACAUUUUCUUUUUGGCUUUGGAGGUAGAGAGGAGAGAGCUCUCUCAUUGGCCUCAAUUUUCAUCAUUAUUCUCUCACUCGUCACCAUCAUACGUUCCAUAGAAAGAUCCACCUUGGAAGUUUCCAUGGGUUGUGAAAGAUGUUCUUCUUGAAAUGGUGGGGAACUUGGUAACCAUGGAAGUUCGGUUAAUGAUCAUAAAGACGACUUAUUGACUUGCUAAAACCAACACACUAAGAAGUAGCCAAGUGCACCUACGACUUAGGAUGCAAUAUAGUGGUUCUAAGCUUAUAUGUCAAUCCGGGGCCCUAGAAUUACUAUUACUCGGUGAUUUAUGCAGUUAUCUAGUGUUUGAAUUGUAGUGAAUAUUAUUAAGGGAAAAAACCUAAACAACGUGGAUUGAUUCAAAUACAAAAGCCACUCAAGUAUGUGUGCCCCUGGCCAGUAGUUAGGUCUAGUGGUAAUCUCUUUAAUUCAUUUCCAUUGACAUUUGGACUGCAGAAACUUCUUAGAUAGUCUGAAAUCUCGACUGAAGUAAUCCAAACCUUCUUGAAUAGUGUACCAGGAGGGAAAUUAUCCUCACAGAAUAAAUUACCAAGGCAAUUCAAUUAAACUUCCACUACUGGGUUUUGAAUGCAGUACAGAGCAAUGAAUCAAUUCACUACUUCAAAUUUAGGAUACUUUAUCAACCUAAUCAUAUUUUAUCUCUCUUAGGUUAAAGCAUAAAUCGAAAAAAUGUGACCAGGACUCAAUGAAUCCCACAUCGACAAAGCACGGGAGAGAUCAAUGGUUCAUAAGGAGGAAACCGACCUUAACUGACAAGACGCGUUUUGGGGUGUAAUGGAGGAGUUCUUGUGAGAACUUUGAAGUUAAACGUGCUCAGUGUGGAGUACAACAAGGAUGGGUGACCUUAUGGGAAGUCACCUUGAAUUGCACCCCAAGUUGAAAUCCGUGCGGGUGUAGAGGCCCAAAGCGGACAGUAUCUUGUCGGAAAAAGGUUCGGGAUGUUACAUCAUGCCUCUCUCUACAUCUUCACCACAUUUUUUCAUCCCUCUUGGAUGCCUUCUUUGUGAAAACUAUGCUCCAAGUAGUUAUACCCGCGUGGACUGGAAAUAUCACCGUCGGGGAUCACAGUCGUGAUCUUUGAUUUGGUCGUGUUCUUUGGCGAAGGGAAAGAUCACGAUCAUGAUCUUUGCUUCCAGCUAUGAUCUCCAAGAUUACGCCCAACAUUCCCCAAAUUCAUAACCAACACUUUGAUCGUGAUGUAUUUCUCUGUUACCGUGAUUUCUGUUGUUUCCUCUUCUUUGCAAGCCUCAAAUAACCACCGAAAACAUUACUAAUUAGCUACGCAUAGUACAACAUCAAGCUAAAUAAUCCAUGAUUAGUUUAACAACUAUGGUCCUUUACCAAAUCUGUCCAAAGUAUUUGGGUUCUCCCCACUAUUGUAGUCUUGGAAAGAAAACUUUGAAGAAUAGAAAAUCCAUAGAAAAAGGAAGGGGCCGGAGGAGGUAGAAAUGGAACAUCAUAUAAUUGGCACAACCCACCACCAUACAUGAAAAGGACACGCUUCCACCGACACAUAUGCCUUGCCUAUCGAUGUUGGCUUAGGUAAAGAGCAAAAUUCAUGAACAUUGAACCAUCCAUUCCAUAAUAUAUAUAUUAUUGAAUUGAUUGAUGAGGCCUAACCUCCAAUUUCACCAAUUAUUGUUCGAGACAAAAUUUCCCAUUCUCACAUCACCAUUAUCAUUAUGCUGCCUCAUUAAUAUUUAUAAAAAAUUAUAAAAUAUUCGACACCCUCCAAUAAUACUAAUUAAUGCAAAUACGUACCAAUAUUAAUACGAAAGAGAUCCACCAUCCUUCCAACUUGAGAUCUUCACUGCCGGCCGGCGUCAUUGCACACCAUACAAUUUCGAUGACAAUAACAUCAUAAUAUGUAU